AUGUACAUAUACCAUGUUCACAUGUUGUUUGAUGUUUGUUAUGAUCUUUUCUUAUUGUGUGAAAACCAUACAACAGAUGUAUGGUUCAGUAAAGAUUUGUUUUCUCCAAUCCCUUUGGUUAGUGGAGCUUUGCACUGGAUUACAGAAACAAAUAUUGUGAUGUUUGAUGUCAAUAGUGAGAAAUUCAGAAAGCUAGCACUGCCUGAUGACUCUAUCUAUGGACAGCAGCUUCAAAGAAUAUGUCUUGCAUCAUUCAGAGGGAAACUGGCUUUCAUUGGACAAUCUAGCUUCCAAUACUCCAUAUGGGUGAUGACAGACUAUGGUGUGGUUGAGUCUUGGAAUAAACUUUUUGUUGUACCAUUUGAAAGGCUAGCUUGUUGGGUUCGCUUAACCAAUUAUGGUUCACUUAUGGUUGGCUAUAGAAAUGAUCCAUUUGAUAGGCAGGGAAUGAAGUAUGCUUUAAUUGACACUGAAACUCUACAAGAGAAGGAUCUUGAUAUCCAACAUCCUUCAUUUAUAGCAAGUUUCAUGGAGAGCCUUGUUGUACUUGAUGGAACAAACGUGGAAUCUUACUAA